UUGAAAAGGAGUCACAUUACGUAGCACAAGAACGUUCUUGAAACAAAGAAGAAAUAUUGAACAAAUGGGAAACUAUAAAUCUAGACCAACCCAAACUUGUACUGAUGAAUGGAAGAAAAAAAUUAGUGAAGCAUAUGCUAUAAUCAUUGAACGAUUAGAAGAUGACCUGUUAAUCAAAGAAAAGGAGCUUACGGAGCUGAAGCACGUCUUCAGCUCUGAUGAAGCCUUCAGCAAAGUGAAUUUAAAUUACCGUACAGAAAACGGGCUGUCUCUUUUGCAUCUGUGUUGUAUUUGCAAUGGACAUAAAACACAUAUUCGAACCCUUAUGUUGAAAGGACUGCGUCCCUCUAGACUGACAAGAAAUGGAUUUACAGCUCUGCAUUUAGCAGCUUACAAGGACAAUGCAGAACUUUUAACAGCUUUACUGCACAGUGGAGCUGAUAUCCAACAAGUUGGUUAUGGAGCACUUACAGCUCUUCAUAUUGCUACAAUAGCUGGUCACCAUGAGGCUGUUGAUAUACUUCUACAACAUGGUGCUUAUGUUAAUGUUCAAGAUGCAGUUUUUUUCACCCCUUUACACAUUGCAGCAUAUUAUGGUCAUGAACAGGUAACCCGACUCUUGUUGAAAUUUGGUGCUGAUGUGAACGUGAGUGGAGAAGUUGGAGACAGGCCUCUUCACUUAGCUUCAGCCAAAGGAUUUCUCAAUAUUGCAAAGCUUUUGAUGGAGGAGGGCAGCAAAGCAGAUGUGAAUGCUCAGGACAACGAAGAUCAUGUUCCUCUCCACUUCUGCUCUCGAUUUGGACAUCAUGAAAUUGUCAGAUUCUUGCUCCAAAGUAAUUUUGAAGUCCAGUCCCAUGUGGUUAACAUUUAUGGAGACACACCACUACACUUGGCUUGCUACAAUGGAAAAUUUGAAGUUGUAAAGGAGUUAAUUCAGCUUUCGGGAACAGAAAGUCUCACUAAGGAAAAUAUAUUUAGUGAAACUGCCUUUCAUAGUGCAUGUACCUAUGGCAAGAACAUAGAACUGGUGAAAUUUCUUCUUGAUCAGAAUAUAAUGAGUCUCAAUCAUCAGGGUAGAGAUGGACAUACAGGGUUACAUUCUGCUUGCUACCACGGCCAUAUCCGUCUUGUCCAAUUUCUACUGGACAAUGGAGCCGAUAUGAAUCUAGUAGCCUCUGACUCCAGCAGGUCCAGUGGUGAGAAAGAUGAACAAACCUGUUUGAUGUGGGCCUAUGAAAAAGGACACGAUGCUAUUGUCACCCUUUUGAAACAUUACAAAAGACCCCAGGAUGAAUCCCCUUGUAAUGAAUACUCUCUACCUGGAGGAGAUGGAUCAUAUGUGUCAGUUCCUUCUCCUCUAGGGAAGAUUAAAAGUAUGACUAAAGAAAAGACAGAUGUUCUCCUACUCCGUGCUGGUUUGCCAUCCCAUUUUCACCUCCAGCUUUCAGAAAUAGAGUUUCAUGAAAUUAUUGGCUCAGGAUCAUUUGGAAAAGUGUACAAGGGAAGGUGUAGAAAUAAAAUAGUUGCAAUCAAGCGUUACCGAGCCAAUACCUAUUGCUCUAAAUCAGAUGUCGAUAUGUUUUGCCGUGAAGUUUCCAUUCUGUGCCGACUCAAUCAUCCCUGUGUUAUCCAAUUUGUUGGUGCUUGCUUGGAUGAUCCAAGUCAGUUUGCCAUAGUCACUCAAUAUAUAUCUGGAGGAUCCCUCUUUUCACUGUUGCAUGAACAAAAAAGGAACCUUGACUUGCAGUCAAAAUUAAUCAUUGCCGUAGAUGUUGCUAAAGGCAUGGAGUAUCUUCACAACCUUACCCAGCCAAUUAUACAUCGUGACUUAAACAGGUACAUUGCUCUUUAUGACACUCAAAUCAGUUACCAUAAUUCUACAU